AUGAUCAGUUACGCAAGUCACAAGUCACAGCACGAGUUGCGUGUAAGUUACAGAGCAUUCAGAAGCAGAAGCAGAAGCGAAACACAUGGAUCCUUGGGCCCUUCCGUGAGCGCGAGCAUGGCCAAGUCCAACGGCGGCACGGCGGCCGUCGGAGGCCUGCAUCAGCAGCAGAAGCCGGAGCGCGGGGCGUUCAGCUGCAGCUUCCGGAUUCCGCUGCAUUACCCGCGGUACAAGAAGGCGGACUACGAGGCCAUGCCCGAGUGGAGCGUUGACUGCUCUCUUCUGGAGUACGGCCUCCCCAUCGCCAGCGACGUCCACGACAAGAGGCACUUCACCAUGGGCGCCUUCCUCUGGCCCGGCCAGUACUGA